UCAGCUGUUUCUGUUAACACACUGCAGUUGUUUUGUUUUGUUUUAUUAUAUGUGGGAGGUUUCUGAGUUUCACCUCAGCUGAGCAGCGUGUCGCGUUUCAUCCAAAGCGGAACUCAAGUUGACUUUGAGCUCGAGUGUUUGUUUCCACACGGCCGAAUAAUCUUCAUUCAUCGUCGGUUACGUGGUUGGAGAUGGCAGCUCUCAGAUCGGCACUCUAUGGACGACUUCUUCAGGCCCCCCCCUUCUCCUUCGGCUCUCUGCGGUUCGCCAGCUCCUUCAAGGCGGCGGAUCUCGCCAUCGAACGCAACCCGGCAUGCAAGCCGAAGCCCGACCCCUCCACGCUGGUGUUCGGCAAACAGUUCUCCGACCACAUGUUGACCAUCAACUGGUCGGAGAAGGAGGGCUGGGAGGCUCCUCAGAUCAAACCUUUCCAGAACCUGUCGCUGCACCCCGCCAGCUCGGCCCUGCACUACUCCAUAGAGCUGUUUGAAGGCAUGAAGGCGUUCCGCGGAGUCGACAACCACAUCCGUCUGUUCAGACCCAUGCUGAACAUGGAGAGGAUGCAUCGGAGCGCCGACAGAAGCUGCCUCCCUUUGUUCGAUAAAGGUGAACUGCUGGAGUGCAUCAGGAAGCUGGUGGAGGUCGACCAGGAGUGGGUGCCUUACUCUCAGGACGCCAGCCUCUACAUCAGACCCACAUUCAUAGGAACUGAGCCGUCCCUCGGCGUGUCCCGGACAGGAAAAGCUAUGAUCUUUGUCAUCGUCGGCCCAGUUGGACCUUACUUUGCCACGGGAUCCUUCAACCCCGUUUCUCUGCUGGCAGACCCGUCAUUCGUCAGGGCUUGGCAAGGAGGCGUCGGGGCCUACAAGAUGGGAGGUAAUUACGGACCUACGAUAGCGGUGCAGAACGAGGCGGUGAAGCGUGGCUGUCAGCAGGUCCUCUGGCUGUACGGCGAGCAGGAGGAGAUCACCGAGGUCGGCACCAUGAACCUCUUCAUCUACUGGACCAAUGAGAAAGGAGAGAAAGAGCUGCUGACUCCUCCUCUGGACGGCAUCAUUCUCCCGGGAGUCACCAGACAGUCUCUGCUGGACCUGGCCAGAGAAUGGGGUGAGUUUAAGGUGACGGAGCGCACGAUGGGCAUGAAGGAGCUGCUGGGAGCUCUGGAUGCCGGGAGGAUCCAGGAGGUGUUUGGAGCAGGGACGGCCUGCGUCGUCUGUCCAGUCGGCAGCCUCCUCUACAGAGGAAAGACGUACGAAAUCCCGACGAUGCAGAAUGGUCCGGACCUGGCCAAGAGGUUCCACAAAGAUCUUACUGAUAUUCAGUACGGACGCAAAUCGAGCGAAUGGGCGCCGCUGGUCGUUUAAUCGGCCGUAUUGCACACGCCAGUUGUAUCAACAGUUAAUCUCAUUAUUCCAGUUUGGACGACCAGCAGCUCCUCACUCCUCACCUCCUCACCUCCUCACCUCUCAACACACUGAUGCACUCCUCCUCCUCCUCCUCCUCACCUCUCCCUCUCUCUGUCUGUCGGUCUUCUUGGGCAACUUUUCCGGGACUCUCAUAGGAAAUACUGUUGGUGGUUGGAAAUUAAUGGUUUUGCUUUGGAAAGCAAUAUUAGUAACAAUAUGCAAUGUUUUGAACAAACUGCAGACAGCCGGAUGAUAAACGUCGUGCCAGGCCGUGAUGUUUAUUAGAAUAGCACGAGUGCAUUCAUGUCUCUUUAAUUAGGUCGAUUUGCUUUAAGGCUGCACUUCAUGCAAGUGACUGCUUAUAGGUAAUAGCACAAAUAUGCAUUUUGAUUAACAUUGCAUUCUGAUAUUAACACAAAAAGGCACAAAAACAGACGUAGGAGGUGAAAUAUUUGCAAUACUAAAGUGGUUAUAUAUUCUGUGUGUGUGUGUGUGUGUGUAGGAAUUAACAUUAGACAGUGAUCCUCUUGGCAUUAUGUACUGUACUGUACUGUGUACUGUUUCUCACAGGAAAACCUUAGAUUAACAAUAACCUGUACUUACUUGCAAUGGUGUUUCUUCUCCAAAAACCUUUUAACUGUUACGUGUGAGCUGUGGACGCAUCAUAGGAAAUGUUUUGUUGUAAUGAUCUGAGAGUACUGCUGCAGUCUUCACGUGGGGGGGGCCCCGUGUCACUUUGACUCCAGAGUUUGCACUGACCUGAAGUUUUUAAAUGUCGGAUACGCAUCUGAGAUUUUUAAGAGCGGGAAACUUGAGCGGUUUUUAAUGUUUGUUGGUUUUUGUUUGUAAAAAAAAUUCGACUGCACAAAAACUAAAGAUUGAGAUUUUUAAAAAAAUAAUUAAAAGGCGAGGUCGACGUGAACUUUUAACACGCACAAGUGGUUUGGACGACGAGAAGGCCUGCACGCUGUAACAGAACGUUGAGACGCCGCGGUUCCUCCUGCACUAGUUUGUUUUAUCGUUAUGAGAACAACAUGGUAACAGAUAGAUUGUGUUAUUUUUGAUGUGGUAUUAGGCCGACUGUCUUCCAAAGUGUGUUUCCUUUGAAUGUAUUUUUAUUUUUACACUCAUACUUGCUGUCCCGUCUCUCUGUCGAAGUGCCUGACCUCAGUCUGUUCGCUUGUUCUUCUGUGGAUCUUCAGCUGCUCUUUGGUUUUUUUCCACUUUGUGCACUAGCUGGAUUCUUUUUUUCUUUUUAAAUGUGCUGUUACUUUUACGCUGCUGUUAUGUUUUUACAAUAAACCUGAACUGAGCUCA